AUGGGGCUGGGUCCGCGCUCCCCUCACAAGUCAGCGCGCCGGUUCCCGGCUGGCAGCAAACGUGGGCGUGGGGCCAAGGGGUCGGUUCGCCCCACGCCUGGCCGCGAGCGACAACCCCGGCCGCCCCCUGACGGGCCUUCGCGUCCUGCUCCCGAUGCGCAGCCCCAUCUGAGCCCCGAAGCUUUAGGGUAUUUUCGCCGGGCGCUGUUGGCUCUGAAAGAGGCUCCUGAGACCGGGGAAGAACGAGAGCUAAUGGUGCAGAAUGUACUGAAGGAAGUGGAGGUUCAAGCCCUAGCCUUGGCCACAAACAGGACUGGCAGUGAAAUGCUACAAGAACUGUUGGGGUUCAGUCCUUUGAAACCAUUGUGUCGAGUGUGGAUUGCUCUGCGUCCCAACAUACGCUUUGUGGCUUGUCAUCGGUGCGGGGUGCAUGUGUUGCAAAGUGCUUUGCUCCAGCUGCCUAGAUUGCUGCGGAGCUCAGCAGUGGAGGAGUGGGACGAGGACUUGGAGGAUGGUCCCUCGGAGACCUUGGAGGAACUGGUCCUGGGACUAGCGGCCGAGGUGUGCGAUGACUUUCUUUUCUACUGUGGAGACACACAUGGCAGCUUCAUGGUCAGAACUCUGCUGCAAGUGUUAGGAGGGACUCUUCUGGAAUCUGAGCGAGCCAGGUCCCGAGGAUCCCAGUCAUCUGAAGUAGAGAAAUCCUCAGCCUUGGAAGGUAAGGCUCCUGCUUUUGAAGUCCCUGAAACCUUCUUGAAUCGCCUUCAAGACUUGAGUGCCUGCUUUCUCAAGGACAUUGCUGUGUUUAUCACUGACAAAAUCUCCAGCUUUUGCCUUCAAACGGCCCUACAGAUCUUACACCACAAGCUACCCCAGCUUUGUGCCCAUCUCUGCAGUGCUGUGAUUGGUUACCUGAGUACUCGUAAUUCCUCAGCAGAUGGCAGCCCUUUACUGUUGUUUCUGCGUGAUCAAACAAGCUCUAGGCUUCUGGAGCAGAUUUUACUGGUGUUGGAGCCCCCACAGCUCCAGACCCUCUUUAAGGAUCAUUUCCAGGGACAUCUUCAGACAUUGGCUGCACACCCCAUUGCCAAUUUCCCUUUGCAGCGCUUGCUAGAUGCUAUUACUACCCCUGAGCUGCUGUCCCUUGUGUUUGAGGAGCUAAGUCCUGCCCUGGAGGCUGUGCUGGCUCAGGGCCACCCAGGAGUUGUCAUUGCUCUUGUGGGGGCCUGCCGCAGAGUAGGAACUCUACAAGACAAGGUUCUGCAAGUGUUAUUGAAGGCAUUCCACUGUGCAGAACCCUCAUCCCGGCAGGUGGCCUGUGUGCCUCUCUUUGCCACGUUGAUGGCAUAUGAGGUGUACUAUGGACUAGCAGAGGACGAGGAGGCCGUGCCUGCAGAGCACCAGUCCAGGUGA